AUUAACGUCGAUUUCGGCCCCUUGAUCUAGUAUUUUAAUUUUCGUUCUAUCGGUGCGUGUUUCUUUCAUAUCAAAAAUGACGGAAGUGUAAAGCAGUUAUAGCUAAACCAAGUUUAUCGUAAUUUGUGGCUAGUUGGAAAAUUGUUAAAGUAUGCGGAAAAGUGAUAAUGGGAAAUAUAGUAGCGAAACGACAAAAAGUUUUAAAGAUUUUAAAUGGAGAUAAAUAGUGUAAAAUGCACUUUCAAACGUGACUUUCAAAAUGAGGCAAACACAAGCGAAGGCUGUCGCGGGAGUUACCAGUGUGGUACUCAAUCAGAAAAAGAUGGUGAAAGCGUCAACCGAAAAAUCGUCCUCACUAAAACCACGCAAAGGAAAAGCGUCUGACAAAGAUGACCCGCCAAUUACCACCAUGUCAUUUAGGGAUAAAUACAAUUUCCUUAAAGAAAACAUUACGGUAGAACCGAUGUUGGCCUGCUACAUUAUACCGAGCGUGUUGGCCAGUUUGGCCACCCAAAACUUAAAUUUAGAAAAGGCUUGCCGGGUCAACUUAGGAUAUUCGACUGAAGUCUGUGAUGCACUUAGAGAUAGAAGAACUGAGAACUUCACGUUUCAAGAAAAAGAAGUCCAGCAACUGGUCGCCUCCAUGGGCGUCUGGAAAACGAUCCUCCAAAGCGCGUUGCCAGCGUUCCUCAUUAUGUUCGUCGGUUCUUGGAGUGAUCGUUGGGGCAAAAGGAAACCUUGCAUGUUACUCCCUAUAGUUGGAGAGCUUCUUACUGCCUUAGGCUUACUUAUAUGUACAUACUUUUUCGAUGAACUUCCUAUGGAAGUUGCCGGGUUUGUUGAAGGACUCUUUCCUGCAAUGACGGGUGGCUGGUUCACAAUGUUCAUGGGAGUGUUUAGCUAUAUAGCGGACGUUACUACGGUGGACACCAGAACGCUACGCAUAGGAAUAGUAAAUUUGUUCUGUUCAUUGGGAAUACCAAUCGGGUUGGCUCUUAGCGGAGUACUUUACAAAAAAAUCGGGUUCUACGGUGUGUUCUCGAUAUCGUCGUGUAUGUAUGUGAUGGCCAUUUAUUAUGGUUAUAAGAAAAUUGAGGAACCCAAAAAGAUCGACAUACCGGUGCUUAAGGAUGUGCCCUGUGCUUUCUUGAGGGAUUUUUUCGAUGUGAAGCAUUUGGUGAACACCUUCAAGGUGGCGUUUAAGUCGGGGCCGAAUAAUCGUAAAAUGAAGGUCAUGUUGCUGAUGUUGGUUGUUAUGGUUGUUAUUGGACCCAUGCAUGGUGAAAUGAACGUUGCUUACUUAUUUACGAGGUACCGAUUCAACUGGGACGAAGUGGAUUUUAGCAUCUUCUCCACAUAUAGUAUGAUUACUAAUCUAAUAGGUACAGCAGUUUCCGUAGGAGUGUUCAGCCAUCUAAUGAAGAUCGACGAUGGGAUCAUAGGCAUCUACUCAUCUAUGAGCAAGAUUCUAUCUAGUUUUGUAUAUGGAUUUGCCAUGACAUCUCUCGUGUUUUAUUUGGGAGCUAUUGUGGAAAUUCUCAACGGAACAUCCUUCAUUGCAAUGAGAUCUAUAGCAUCAAAGUUGGUACCCUCAGAUGAAUUAGGGAAACUUAAUUCGCUGUUUGGUGCUUGUGAAGCUCUGAUGCCCCUUCUGUAUGGACCAAUGUAUAGUGCCACCUACGCGGCCACCAUAAACACUAUGCCUGGCGCCUUCUUUAUUCUUGGUGGUAUUUUAACAAUACCUGCUGUUAUUAUAUUUGGGUGGUUCUACUUAGAACACAAAAAAGACGCCAAAUCAGCCAGCAACGAAGCAGACAAAGAAAUCGGCCCUGUCGAAGAGCCACCGAUUCCAGAAGCGGCAGUUUUCGCCAUUGCUCCCAAACAAGUUCAAAUGGGCACCCCGGUAUUAAGCAGCUUUCGAAAGAAUAUUGAAAACGGUGGCGGAAUUAUUAAUAAAGCCUUUAUAAAUGAUAUCAAGGAAAGCGAAAAAAGGUACUGACAUGUACCUACGAUAACUUAAACAAGAGAGAUUUUAUUUUAAUUUAUUUUUUUAUAUAUAUAUUAUAAGAUAAUUUGUCAACCGAUCAGAAAGCUCGUGGGGUUAACUUGUAUCCAUCAAGGUUAUAACAUAUUGGAUUUUAUCUGUUCACACGAAUGCGUUGUAAUAACGUAACUGAGAUCAACCAAUCGACUAGUGAUGAGGUUAAGGUACAUACAUCUUGGAAGGUUAUCAUGAAGAGAGGGUGCGUAUUCAUCGAUACGUUGAAAGCACGUGACUAAGAUUAAUCAGUUGGUGGAAUUAGCUAAUGCCGGUGAAAGUUAUAUCUUUUGAGCUCUCACUCUAUCCACAAGGGUUUGUGAUCAUCAAUACCUUGUAAGCACAUAACAAAGAUGAACCAAAAGGAGUUUAUUAGUUUUAAAUUCUUUAUAUACAUUUCUAUUCUUCUACAAAAGUCCAGGACCACGGUCAAUUGGAUUACAGCCAAUUAAUGGCUGAGGAUCAAUUUAUAUCUAUUAAGAAUAUCACGUAAAGAAGUUGUUUAUUGUAUUAUAAUUUAGAUCACCUUAUCAUACUGAUAAGAUUAACUGAAAUCUUUAAAGUGAAGCGUGAUCAUCAAUGCAUCGAUUAACCAGUCAAACUGCUCGUAUGAUUAACUAAUGUACCUCUAAGUUAUUCUACUUUUAGUUCACUCCUUCUAUCAUUUGAUCCAUUUACAGGGGUUAAUGAUCACGAGUACCUUUUAAGCACGUGACUAAGAUAAGGCAAUCAGAUUGCUGGUGCGAUUAACUUGCAUCCGUUUAAGUUAUCAAAGUUAUAUUAAGAGGAGUUGAUAAGUUGUAAAUUCUUUCUAUACAUUUCUAUCAGUCGACAAAAGGCCAUGAUAACGGUUAGGUUAUAGUGGGCCAAUCAAUGGCUGGUGGGGUAAGCUUGCAUCAAUCAAAAUUAUUACUUAUAGAAGUUAGUUAAUCUGUUAACGCAUCUGUAAUAAUGAUGGAUACGUUAUAAUCACAUACCUAAGAUCAACCAAUCAGCCUACUGGUGAGAAUAACUUAAAUCUUUAAAGGUUAUCAUGAAGAGUGAUCAUCAAUGCUGGUAGGAUUAACUAAUGCCCGUCAAAGUUAUCAUGAUGAGAAGUAAGUUAAUAUUAACUUCUCUCCAUCUUUUCUAUCUUUUGAUCAAUCCACAAGGGUUUGUAAUCACAAAUACCUUGAUGAACCAAGAUGAAGCAAUCAAAUUUUUCUUGCAUCCAUCAAUUCAUGACCAUGAAUUUCUUAUAAUCUCAUGACUAAAUUCGUCCAAUCAGAGUGUUCCUAGAAUUGACGUAUAUCCGAUAUGCUUAUCGUGGAAUAAAGUUAGGCAAACCUAAAUUCUUUCCAUUGUUUCUAUCUUUGUCUAUCCGUCUAUCAGGAUACGUGAUCACGGAUAAGCACGUGGUUAAGAUCAACUGACCCUAUAGCAGACUUAUGGGAGUCUUCCUUAGUGCUUCAAUGGCUUACGAAGUGGACUUCUACGAGGUAUGACAAUUAAGUAAUGAGACUGAUUCCAUAAAAAUCGUUUAUUCAAAAAAUAUUCUACAACUUUGCCAUUUCCUUCAAAGUAGUCCCCUUGGGCAGCUAUACAACGAUUCCAGCGCAUUUUCCACGCUUCGUAACAGUUCUGGAACGCUUCGACGGGGAUGCCCGCCAGUACUCACACGGCCGCUUGGAUGUCCGUAAUCGAUUCAAAAUGGAUACCUUUGACCACCGAUUUUGUUCUAGGGAACAAAAAAAAAGUCAUAGGGUGACAUAUCGGGCGAAUAAGGUGGUUGCUGCAACACGGCGAUCCCUUUCGAGGCCAAAUACUGGGACACGCUGAGGGCGAUAUGGCACGGCGCGUUGUCAUCCCAAAAUCGUCGGUUAAAAUUUGUCUUACUGUCUCACGGUUCAUACCUAGUUCGGAGGCUAACAUUCGGGCUGUUAACCGCCGAUUUUCAAGGAUUACUCGACCGGUCUCCCUCGUCUUCCACGCUUUCUCGCCCCUCCAUAAACUCUUUAUGUCAUCGAAACACCUGGGCACGACUAAGAGCACUAUCACCUUUGCACCUUAUGCACUUUUACAAUUUUAGUGUACGUUUCCGAAGCUAUUUCGACCAAUCUGGCGCAAAAUUUUAUUGCGACGCGUUGCUCUAGAUUUCGUUUUUGCAUUUUCGUGACAAGCACCACCAACACACGUCCACUCAACACGACACAGAAGGCGAACUAAACAAGCUAGAGCGAUAGUCAUUGUAUCAAUGGAGAGGGAAGGGAUGCCGGGGAAGGGGAAUGGAAUGUUAAGGUCGCAGGUUUACCACAAGCGUGGCAACAAAAUCAGUCUCAUUACUUAAUUGUCACCUCGUAUUAUGUUGUGUUUAUUAAAAUUUCAAUAAUCAAUUAGUCUUAAUUUUUGUAGCUGUGGGAAAAUUAAAAAUUAAUGAAAAAUUUAUACUAUCACCUUCUGGAACUGAGUAUUGAAGUAACUUCCAGUACCUUGGUGAAGCACUUGGUUACUAGCAGUUAGUGUACUAAAAGAUUCAAGUCCAAGGCUUUUCAGGACAUAUAUUAUGUCGUGGCUAAUAAAAAAUUCUCAUUGAACACUCUAAUUAAAGUAAAUUUAGUAUUAAUUAAGUGCCACUAAUUUACAAGUGCGUCUUCCAAGUAAUCCUCUUCUAAAUCCAAAUUGCAAUCAACUGGUACAGCUUUUAUCGUAACAAUUGAGUAUAUAAUUUUCCAGAAUCCUACGUCUUUAUAUCAACUGCAUAUUUUAAUUUACUUUAUUGCAUUCGAUGCAAAACUCUCAAGCUAUGUUGAUGAGCUAUAGUUCUCUCUGUUUUUUCUUUCUUUCUUUGGUGUGAUUACGAUAAGCCAAUCAAAUUGCUUGAGCAAUUAGCAUCCAUCAAAGUAUCACUAGGAAACUUUCAACCUAUUUAUUCGGUUUCUAUGCAUUUGGUCUUGUGAUCAUGAAUGCCUUGUACGCUCAUUCAAUCAGUCAGAUUGCUCGUAGGGUUGACCUGUAUGCAUCAAGGUUAUUAUGUAGAAAAAUUUGGUAAAUUUAGAUUCUUUCUAUCUUCUUCUGUCCAUCUACAAGGGUAUACAUAUCACAGAUACGUUGUAAGCACUUGAUGAAAAUCAACUCACUAUACAGCAGAAUAGUGGGGGUCUUCCUUAAGAAGUGAAAGUCUAAAAUGUCGUGAUCAUUACAAUUAGUACAACAGUGAACUGGCCUUAAUUAUGGUAGUUGUGAAAAAAAUUAACAUUUGAAUGAGAAAUUUGCUUUGGAGCUGAAUAUUGCACUGAAACCCAAUCUCUUGGUGAAGCAGUUAUUGUUAAUAGGGUACUAAAAAGUUCAAGUUCGAAGCUUUCCCUAAUGAAAGAUUCAGGAUGAAUAUUGUGUUAUGAAUGAUUCCAAAAAUUGUCAUAGAAUAACCCAUUUAAGAUAAAUUAAGCAUUAAUUAAGUGCCACUAAUUUGCAAAUGACCAGUCCAACUUAUCCUCUUCUAAAUCUAAAUUUCAAUCAAUGUAGUUGAGUUUCCAUCGUAACAAUUAUGUAAAUCGUUUGUAUAAUCGUAAGCUGCAUCUAAAUCCAUGAAGUCUUGAUCUGUUAUAUUGUACCGGAUAGAAAAUUCUAAAGAAGUGUUGUUGAGCUGUAGCAUUAGUACGAGGUACAGGAGUCAUGUUUAAUCUGACACCAGGUGUUGGAAAUCAGAAGUGGAAACCAUAGUAGUGUGUUCUUGUGGCUAAUUCAAGAUUUGAAUAUAUGAAAACUAUCUUGAACAAAUGUAUUUUAUUGCUUAGCACAAUAAUUUACUGGGUAAUAUCUUGAGUGGCAGGUACUAAAUAGAUCCACUUCUUCUGAAUCAGAGGAUUUACAACUGCUCUUCUCUUCAUCUGGUAGAUGGUUCUUUGAAUAAGUUGUAUUGAAUUAGGCACUUAAAUAAAACUAAGAAACUGUGACUACGUCAUGUGACAUGCUUUUCUUGACUCUUUUUGAGUUGUAGGUACUUUUAAAGCUGCUACUACCGGUGGAUGCUUAAAAACUUUAAAAAAGCCGAUUUAGGGAUACAACUAGAUUUGCAAAGAUGAACAGGAAACGGUUAAAAAAAUGCAUUAUUUGUUAUAAAUCAAAAUACAAUGAAAUAGAAUAUAGUUUGAAACCUUAUGCUUUGGUCAAAAUUUUAGUUCCUUAUAUAACAAACCGUACUGCUCCCCGAAAAAUAUGCCCAUAAAUUUAUCCGGGAUGUCUAAAAUGGUCGUUGGUACGUAAAUGUAAAUAUAGUUUUAAAAAAUAGCGAAUAUUAGUAAUAUAUUAAUUGCUUAUUGUUAAGAUUGAUAUUACUUUUAUAAGUAUGUUUUGGCGCCUAUGGUGUUCAUCUUUUGUGAUAGUAGACGAGAUUUUAGAAUUAUUAACUAUUAUAUGUAUUGAAAAUUAGAAGUUAGGUAAUAAAAUAGCAUAAAUUUUAUUGUGAAAGCGUU